CAAAAUGUCGUUCGGUGGUCAAACACCGACUAUCGUUGUCCUCAGAGAGGGCACCGACCAGUCGCAGGGCCGCGGCCAAAUCGUUUCCAACAUUAAUGCUUGUCUCGCCGUGCAGUCGACAAUCAAGUCCACCCUGGGCCCUUACGGAGGUGAUCUCCUGCUCGUCGACGAGAAUGGCAAGCAGACCAUUACCAACGACGGUGCCACUGUCAUGAAGCUGCUUGACAUCGUCCACCCCGCCGCCCGUAUCCUGACCGACAUUGCCCGCUCGCAAGACGCCGAGGUUGGAGACGGAACCACAUCAGUCGUCGUUUUGGCUGGAGAGAUUCUCAAGGAGAUCAAGGAGCACGUCGAGCACGGUGUCAGCAGUCAGACCAUCAUCAAGGGUCUGCGAAGAGCCAGCACCAUGGCUGUAAACAAGGUCAAGGAGAUUGCCGUCAACACACAGGAGAACAACCAGAGAGAUAUUCUGCGGAAACUCGCUGCAACUUCGAUGAGCAGCAAGCUGAUCCACCGCAAUGCCGACUUCUUCACAAAGAUGGUUGUCGACGCCGUUCUCUCCCUCGACCAAAAUGAUCUCAACAACAGACUCAUCGGUAUCAAGAAGAUCACUGGUGGUGCUCUGCAAGAUUCUCUGUUCGUCAAUGGUGUCGCCUUCAAGAAGACCUUCUCCUACGCCGGUUUCGAGCAACAACCCAAGGCCUUCAAGAACCCCAAGAUUGUCUGUUUGAAUGUCGAGCUCGAACUCAAGAGUGAAAAGGAUAACGCCGAAGUUCGUGUUGAGCAAGUGUCAGAAUACCAGGCCAUCGUCGAUGCCGAAUGGCAAAUCAUCUACAACAAGAUGGAGGCUCUUUUCAAGACUGGCGCAAAGAUUGUUCUCAGCAAGCUGCCCAUUGGUGAUCUUGCGACACAGUACGUUGAUCAUGCU